AUGGCUCGGUCGCAUAGCUUCCACGCCGGCCGAAAGCCAUUCCCCGAGGCUCUAGCGGUCCAACUGCCGCCCAGGUUUGUCUCCGGCCCUAUACCGUUCUGCAACCCAACACGGGCGGACUACCGUCUCUCCGACAGGAUCCGGGCAGAGAAACCACCCACGCCCACUGUUACAGAGCCCACCACAGUAGUACCUGAGAUCGAUCGACUUUGGCGCACAAGAGAUAACCGCAAAGGACGACAUGCCCUGCGAGUAUCUUGGCGACCCCCAGGGCCCGAGGGGAAGAGGUACCCCCGCAAUACAGCACAUCCGAUCCCCAUCGCCAAGGGGAUCAUCCGCAUGCUCACCAUGUUUCCGUACUGGGAUGUGUCGUUCCUCGUGGCUUGGCUGUUCACCUUGGGAUCGGUCAUUUGGGUCAUCAACGCCUUUUUCGUCUGGUUGCCGUUGGCAGCGCCCAGGACAGAAUUCCCUCAUGAAAUCCUGACCGGUGGAGGCAUCACCGCGUUUGUCGGUGCCACCGUCUUCGAGGUUGGCAGUGUGCUUCUCGUUCUCGAAGCCAUCAACGAGAACCAGACCGGCUGCUUUGGCUGGGCGGUAGAAACCGUCUCCAAGAAAGCCGAGGAUCGAAUCGAACAGGCUGUUGUCCGCGUCAAGUCGGACUUCCAGACGUGCCGCCACCACCACGUUCGACGGCAUGCAAUCCUCAAACCCUCGGAGACGAUAUCGGAUCAUCCUCACGGGACUUCCCCCAAGUCAUUCCGAUGGUUUCCCAGUCGGGCAGAAUUGCGCACCCAUUACGUGCGGGAGAUCGGCUUCCAGGCAUCCUUUGUGCAGUUGAUCGGGGCCACUAUUUUCUGGAUCUCUGGGUUUACGGGCCUCCCCGGCAUCCAGGAUCACCUGUCCCAGGCCGUUACCAAUGGCGUCUACUGGGUGCCCCAAAUCGUGGGUGGUGCCUGCUUCGUCAUCAGCGGCCUGCUCUUCACCAUUGAAACGCAGCCCAAGUGGUAUGUCCCAGCUCCCAGAGUCCUCGGCUGGCACACGGGGCUCUGGAACUUUAUCGGGGGGAUUGGAUUCACUCUCUGCGGCGUUCUCGGGCCUGCGAGCGCCAAUUCGGGGGUGGCGUAUCAGAGCACGCUGGCGACGUUCUGGGGGUCCUGGGCUUUCUUGUUGGGGUCGGGGAUUCAGUGGUAUGAGAGUCUAGAUAAAUAUCCUGUGGUGGAGAAGAAGAAGAAGAAGAAGUAA